GUCUCCGGCGCGGCCCGGCCCGCGCGCUCUCUCCAGCCGCUCUCGCUGACCUCGGCUGCGCCAUGGCCAGCCCGCGGCCGCCCGGCCCGGCCCCGCUGCUGCCGAUGCUGCUGCUCCUGGCGGCUGCCGCGCGCGCCCUGCCCGGCGCCGGCGGGACGUGCCCGGAGCGCGCGCUGGAGCGGCGCGAGGAGGAGGCGAACGUGGUGCUCACCGGCACGGUGGAGGAGAUCCUCAACGUGGACCCGGUGCAGCACACGUACUCCUGCAAGGUUCGGGUCUGGCGGUACUUGAAGGGCAAAGACCUGGUGGCCCAGGAGAGCCUGCUGGACGGCGGCAACAAGGUGGUGAUCAGCGGCUUCGGAGAUCCCCUCAUCUGUGACAACCAGGUGUCUACUGGGGACACCAGGAUCUUCUUUGUGAAUCCUGCACCCCCAUACCUGUGGCCGGCUCACAAGAACGAGCUGAUGCUCAACUCCAGCCUCAUGCGGAUCACCCUGCGGAACCUGGAGGAGGUGGAGUUCUGUGUGGAAGACAAACCCGGGACUCACUUUACCCCAGCACCUCCGACGCCGGCUGACGCGUGCCGGGGAAUGCUGUGCGGCUUCGGCGCAGUGUGCGAGCCCAGCGGGGAGGAGCCGGGCCGGGCCUCCUGCGUGUGCAAGAAGAGCGCCUGCCCCAGCGUGGUGGCGCCCGUGUGCGGCUCCGACGCCUCCACCUACAGCAACGAGUGCGAGCUGCAGCGGGCGCAGUGCAGCCAGCAGCGGCGCAUCCGCCUGCUCCGCCGCGGGCCCUGCGGGUCCCGGGACCCCUGUGCCAAUGUGACCUGUGGCUUUGGCAGCACCUGUGCACCCUCAGCCGACGGGCAGUCAGCCUCCUGCCUGUGCCCCACGACCUGCCGGGGCGCCCCCGAGGGCACCGUGUGCGGCAGCGACGGCGCCGACUACCCCAGCGAGUGCCAGCUCCUGCGCCGCGCCUGCGCCAGCCAGGAGAACGUCUUCAAGAAGUUCAGUGGCCCCUGUGACCCCUGCCAGGGAGCCCUCACCGACCUGAGCCGCAGCUGCCGCGUGAACCCGCGCACGCGGCGCCCGGAGAUGCUUCUGCGGCCGGAGAGCUGCCCUGCCCGGCAGGCGCCGGUGUGUGGGGACGAUGGCGUCACCUACGAAAACGACUGCGUCAUGGGCCGCGUGGGCGCUGCCCGCGGUCUCCUCCUCCAGAAAGUGCGCUCCGGCCAGUGCCAGCCUCAAGACCAGUGCCCGGAGCCCUGCCGCUUCAACGCCGUGUGCCUGUCCCGCCGGGGCCGCCGUCACUGCUCCUGCGACCGUGUCACCUGUGACGGGGCCUACAGGCCUGUGUGUGCCCAGGACGGGCACACGUAUGACAACGACUGCUGGCGCCAGCAGGCGGAGUGUCGGCAGCAGCGCACCAUCCCCACCAAGCACCGGGGCCCGUGUGACCAGGCCCCGUCCCCGUGCCGCGGGGUGCAGUGUGCGUUCGGGGCGACGUGUGCCGUGAAGAACGGGCAGGCAGCCUGCGAGUGCCAGCAGGCGUGCUCGGGUGUCUACGAUCCCGUGUGCGGCAGCGACGGCGUCACGUACGGCAGCGCGUGCGAACUGGAGGCCACGGCCUGCACCCUCGGGCAGGAGAUCCGGGCGGCCCGCAGAGGACCCUGUGACCGCUGUGGGCAGUGCCGCUUUGGAGCCCUGUGCGAGGCCGAGACGGGGCGCUGUGUGUGCCCCUCGGAAUGCGUGGCCUCGGCCCAGCCCGUGUGUGGUUCUGACGGGCACACGUAUGCCAGUGAGUGUGAGCUGCACGUCCACGCCUGCACACACCAGAUCAGCCUGCACGUGGCCUCGGUGGGACGCUGCGAGACCUGUGGAGACACAGUGUGUGCCUUCGGGGCCGUGUGCUCAGCGGGGCAGUGCGUGUGUCCCCGAUGUGAGCGCCCCCCGCCGGGCCCCGUGUGCGGCAGUGACGGCGUCACCUACAGCAGUGCGUGUGAGCUGCGGGAAGCCGCCUGCCGCCAGCAGAUGCAGAUCGAGGAGGCCCGGGCAGGGCCAUGCGAGCAGGCCGAGUGUGGCUCUGGAGGCUCUGGCUCCGGGGAGGAUGGCGAGUGUGAACAGGAGCUGUGCCGGCAGCGAGGUGGCAUCUGGGACGAGGACUCGGAGGACGGGCCCUGCAUCUGCGACUUCAGCUGCCAGAGUGUCCCGCGGAGCCCGGUGUGCGGCUCAGACGGCGUCACCUACAGCACCGAGUGUGACCUGAAGAAGGCCAGGUGCGAGUCGCAGCCAGAGCUGUACGUCGCGGCCCAGGGAGCCUGCCGAGGCCCCACCUUGGCCCCGCUGCUGCCCAUGGCCCCCGGGCACUGUGCCCAGACCCCCUACGGCUGCUGCCAGGACAACGUCACUGCCGCCCGGGGUGUGGGCCUGGCUGGCUGCCCCAGUGUGUGUCAGUGCAACCCACACGGCUCCUACGGCGGGACCUGCGACGCAGCCACGGGACAGUGCUCCUGCCGCCCAGGCGUGGGUGGCCUCCGGUGCGACCGCUGUGAGCCUGGUUUCUGGAACUUCCGAGGCAUCGUCACCGAUGGCCGGAGUGGCUGCACCCCCUGCAGCUGUGACCCCCGGGGUGCCGUGCGGGAUGACUGUGAGCAGAUGACCGGGCUGUGCUCCUGCAAGCCGGGGGUGGCUGGUCCCAAGUGUGGGCAGUGUCCGGAUGGCCGUGCCCUGGGCCCUGCUGGCUGCGAAGCAGCCCCUGUGGCCCGCGGGACCUGUGCGGACAUGCGCUGCGAGUUUGGUGCGUCCUGCGUGGAGGAGGCUGGCUCCACCCACUGCGCCUGCCCGACGCUUGCCUGUCCCGAGGCCAACGCCACCAAGGUCUGCGGGUCGGACGGAGUCACGUACGGCAACGAGUGCCAGCUGAAGACCAUCGCCUGCCGCCAGGGCCUGCACAUCUCCGUCCGGAGCCCCGGCCCGUGCCAGGAGGCUCCUGGUGCCCGCCCGACACUUGCGCCCGUGACCAGCUCAGGGCUUGUCCUGAAUGAGGCACUGCCGCCCCCGCCCAGCGCCCUCCCCCUAACUCCCGGCAGUACCCCCCGCAGCCGGCCUACCCGUCCACCCGCGUCACGGCCUCGGACCACUGCCAGCGUCCCCAGGACCGCCAUGCGGCCCGUGCUGACCGUGCCCCCGACAGCACCCUCCCCUGCACCCAGCCUGGCCACGGCUGCCUUUGCCGAGUCUGGCAGCGCUGACGGGAGUGGAGACCAGGAGCUGAGCGGAGACCAGGAGGCCAGCGGGGGAGGCUCCGGGGGACUUGAGCCCCCUGAGGGCAGCGGCCUGGUGACCUCAGGGCCGCCCGUGGAGCGGGCUUCCUGCUACAACUCGCCUUUGGGCUGCUGCGCAGAUGGGAAGACGCCCGCGCUGGACGCGGAGGGCUCCAACUGCCCUGCCACCAAGGCGUUCCAGGGCGUGCUGGAGCUCGAGGGGGUCGAGGGCCAGGAGCUGUUCUACACGCCCGAGAUGGCCGACCCCAAGUCGGAGCUGUUUGGGGAGACAGCCAGGAGCAUCGAGAGCGCCCUCGAGGAGCUCUUCCGGAACUCCGACGUCAAGAAGGACUUCCGCAGCGUCCACCUGCGCGACCUGGGACCUGGCAGAUCAGUCCGAGCCAUUGUGGACGUGCACUUUGACCCCACCACAGCCUUCAGGGCUCCCGACGUGGGCCGGGCCCUGCUCCGGCAGAUCCAGGCGGCCCGGCGCCGGUCCCUGGGGGUGAGGCGCCCGCUGCAGGAGCACGUGCGGUUCAUGGACUUCGAUUGGUUUCCUGCCUUCUUCACGGGAGCCACUGCCGCCGUGGCCACGGCCAGAGCCACCACUGUGGCCCGCCUGCCAUCUGCAGCGACCCCUCGGGCCCUGUACCCCAGUCACACGAGCCGGCCAGUCGGCAAGACCACCGCCCUGCCCACCACGCGCCGGCCCCCCACCACUGCCCCCAGCCGCGUGCCCGGACGCCGGCCUCUGCCCGCAGGCCCCCAGCAGUCCCCAACGGCCUGCGACUCCCAGCCCUGCCUCCACGGGGGGACCUGCCGGGAGCAGGACUCGGGUGGGGACUUCAGCUGCAGCUGCCCGGAGGGCAGGGGCGGCGCCGUCUGUGAGAAGGCUCUGCCCGCCCCAGUGCCAGCCUUCGGGGGCCGCUCCUUCCUGGCCUUCCCCACUCUCCGUGCCUAUCACACACUGCGCCUGGCGCUGGAAUUCCGGGCGCUGGAGCCGCAGGGGCUGCUGCUUUAUAACGGCAACGCGCGCGGCAAGGACUUCCUGGCACUGGUGUUGCAGGGCGGCCGCGUGCAGCUCAGGUUUGACACGGGUUCCGGGCCUGCAGUGCUGACCAGCACGGUGCCCAUAGAGCCGGCCGUUGGCACCGCCUGGAGCUUAUCGAGGCACUGGCGCCAGGGUACACUCUCGGUGGAUGGUGAGACGCCCGUUCUGGCGAGAGCCCCAGGGGCACCGACUGGCCUCAACCUGGACACGGACCUGUUUGUGGGUGGCAUCCCUGAGGACCAGGCUGCCGUGGUGCUGGAGCGGACUGCCGUCGGCACUGGCCUGAGGGGCUGCAUUCGCCUGCUGGACGUCAACAACCAGCGGCUGGAGCUCGGCGGCUGGCAGGGGACUGCUGCCCACAGCUCUGGUGUGGGCGAGUGCGGGGACCCCUGCCUGCCCAAUCCCUGCCGCGACGGUGCCCCGUGCCAGGCCCUGCAGGCCGGCAUGUUCCGUUGCCAGUGCCCGCCUGGCCGCUUCGGCCCGACCUGCGCGGAGGAGAAGAGUCCCUGCCAGCCGAACCCCUGCCAUGGGGCAGCCCCCUGCCACGUGCUGCCCGCGGGGGGGGCCACGUGCGAGUGCCCCCUGGGCCGUGGGGGUGCCCUCUGCCAGAUAGUCUCGGAGCCCGACGAUGCACGGCCCUUCCUAGCGGACUUCAGCGGCUUCUCCUACCUGGAGCUGAGCGGCUUGCACACCUUCGGGCGGGACCUGGGGGAGAAGAUGGAGCUGGAGGUGGUGUUCCUGGCCCGCGGCCCCAGCGGCCUGCUCCUCUACAACGGCCAGAAGACGGACGGCAAGGGGGACUUCGUGUCGCUGGCGCUGCGCGACCGCCGCCUGGAGUUCCGCUACGACCUGGGCAAGGGGGCCGCCGUCAUCAGGAGCAAGGAGCCGGUCACCCUGGGCACCUGGACCCGCGUGUCGCUGGAACGAAAGGGCCGCAAGGGCUCCCUGCGUGUGGGUGACGGCCCCCCAGUGCUGGGGGAGUCCCCGAAAUCCCGCAAGGUCCCACACACCGUCCUCAACCUGAAGGAGCCGCUCUACGUGGGGGGGGCCCCCGACUUCAGCAAGCUGGCGCGGGCAGCCGCCGUGUCCUCCGGCUUUGACGGCGCCAUCCAGCUGGUCUCGCUGAGAGGCCAGCAGCUGCUGACCCAGGAGCACGUGGUGCGGGCCGUGGACGUCUCCUCCUUCGCCGACCACCCUUGCACCCGGACCUCAGGCCAGCCCUGCCUCAACGGGGCCUCCUGUGUGCCCAGGGAGGCCGCUUACGUGUGCCUGUGUCCCGGGGGCUUCUCGGGGCUGCACUGCGAGAGGGGGCUGACGGAGAAGGCAGCGGGGGACCUGGACGCGCUGGCCUUUGACGGGCAGACCUACGUCGAGUACCUCAGCGCUGUGACUGAGAGCGAGAAGACGCUGCAGAGCAACCGCUUCGAGCUGAGCCUGCGCACCGAGGCCACGCAGGGGCUGGUGCUGUGGAUGGGCAAGGCCACGGAACGGGCAGACUACGUGGCACUGGCCAUCGUCGACGGGCACCUGCAGCUGGGCUACGACCUGGGCUCCCAGCCCGUGGUGCUGCGGUCCUCCCUGCCCGUCAACACCAACCGCUGGCUGCGGGUCAGGGCGCACAGGGAGCAGAGGGAAGGUUCCCUUCAAGUGGGCAACGAAGCCCCUGUGACUGGCUCCUCGCCGCUGGGUGCCACACGGCUGGACACAGAUGGAACCUUGUGGCUUGGGGGUCUGCAGAAGCUGCCCGCGGGCCAGGCCCUGCCCAAGGCCUACGGCACGGGGUUCGUGGGCUGUCUGCGGGACGUGGUAGUGGGCCAGCGCCCGCUGCACCUGCUGGAGGACGCUGUCACCAAGCCAGCACUGCGGCCCUGCCCUGCCCCGUGAGCUGGCACCCGAGCCCACCGCCCACCCUGCUGUAAUUAUUUUCUAUUUUUGUAAACUUUUUGCUUUUUGAUAUGAUUUUCUUGCCUGCUCGUGGGCCAGAGGGACUGCUGGCCCGGCCCCCUUCCGUCCAGGCCGCCGCGCUGCGGAGACAGACCGUGCUGAGGGACUCGCGGGCACCGUGGCAGCGUGGGGGGCUUGGCUUGAUGGCAGCCUCGGACGAGCCCCUCUGCCUCAGGGUGCCACGCCUCAGGCCGCGCACUGUGCCCCCCCGGGUCCUCCGUGUUCCCCUCGUGUCCCUAGCCCGUCAGCAGACCCUGCUCCCGGGUCACCCCGGCUCCAUCUGGCGCAGGGGUUGUGCUCACCCCGCGGGGCCCUUCUCAGUGUGAGCUGCUCCCUGCCUGGCCCGGACCUCUCGUGCCAAUGCUGUGACUUAGGGGCUACACUGCACCCCCCAGCCGUGUCCUGCAGUCCUGAGGUGCUGGGGAGCAGAGGCCAGGCCAAGGCCUGUCUGGGGCUUCCCGCCCCUCAGCUGGCCCUGUCCAUCCACCCAGCUGCCCUGGACGUGGCCGCGCCCCUGCCCCACGACCCAGGUCCCAGGAGGGGCCCUGGAGGGCACGGGCAGCUGUGCCAUGGCUCUACUGCCUGUCGGCCGCACGUCCAGCCUGACCACCACCUUGUCCUUCAUGCAUCGAUUUCAUCUGACGCUGAGUGGGACUCUGUCCUUCCUGCCCGGCCUGAGCACAGCCAGGCGCUGCCGCGUGGCUCAGCCUCACUCCGGGUCCAGGGUGAGGGGCUGUGGUUCUUGCUGAGAAGGAGCAGGGCCGGCCGGCGUCUGGCCAGGGCGCAGGUGCCAGGGCAGUAGAGGUGGCUCUGAAGCCAGAAAUGCCUUAAAUUGCAGCGUCCCAUCUCACCCCCACCCUUGCCGCCCGGCCCAGUCCUGGGAGCCAGGUACAGCUGGCGGGGUGGCCGCCAGACCCUCGCCGGGGCCGCACUGGGGCUGGAGGGGGCCCCGUGGCAUCAUGUUACUAACUCCAGGAUGUGUGUGUCGAUCACCGUGAAAUAAAGUCUGAAAGUUUAAA